UCUAUCACCUCAAAAGCCAGAGCAGGCAGAUCUAGAAACGAGCGAUAGGCAAAAACACAAAGCAGAAAUAGCAUUUGCUUAGUGAGUUAACCCCUUGCAAAUUGCAAUGUCGUCGAUGCCGUUUGACGAUGAAUAUGAGAAGAGGCGAGCCAAGGCUUACCGGGACUAUGACAUUAUUCGCAAGCAGUUCCCAGUGCUGGUGGAGAAGACGGCCGCACUGGAUCCGCCGAAGAAGAAGACCAGGCGAUCCGCGAAGAAGAGAAAAACUGAAGCGGAGAAGAAGACCGGCGACCCGCCGGCGCCGGCCCUUACGCCGGAAAUCAGGGCGCGCUACAAGGAGCUGGCCGGGAUCAUCAAGGGCUUCCUCAAGGAGCUCGGCGACGACGUCGACGAGGCGGCGGCCGGAGGCAGCACAAGCCAGGCAGCGCCACCGCCACCUGCAGCAGCGGGAGACAAACAGUAAAUCAAGAGCUGCCGCGUGCCCUGCGCUCGCUGAAUAAAGGAGGCCGCCUCUGCCUCUCUGCUGGCAGAUUAUCCCAUCCAGUAAUAACAAUCAGUUUCCAUAUGCUUGUUUCUCAGUUACUAAGUUAAGACGUUCCGUUGUGUUAC